GACUUCUGGGAGCCUUUGCUGAGCCCAGGGAGGGAGGCGUCCGCCACCGUGCCGCUCCUGCUCGGGCAGAGCCGCCAAGCUUUGAGGUACUGAGGAGCCUCUCAUCAUCUCCCAUGGAUUUGUGAUCAGCGUUGCAGCUCUCCCAGCAGCCCUGGACAGUGGCCCCCAGCAGUCAGCAUGUGGCUGCCGCGAGUCUCCAGCACAGCAGUGACCGCGCUCCUCCUGGCGCAGACCUUCCUCCUCCUCUUUCUGGUUUCCCGGCCAGGGCCCUCGUCCCCAGCAGGCGGCGAGGAGCGCGUGCAUGUGCUGGUGCUGUCCUCGUGGCGCUCGGGCUCCUCCUUCGUGGGCCAACUCUUCAGCCAGCACCCCGACGUCUUCUACCUAAUGGAGCCCGCGUGGCACGUGUGGACCACCCUGUCGCAAGGCAGCGCCGCAACGCUGCACAUGGCCGUGCGUGACCUGGUGCGCUCCGUCUUCCUGUGUGACAUGGACGUGUUUGAUGCCUAUCUGCCUUGGCGCCGCAACCUGUCCGACCUCUUCCAGUGGGCCGUGAGCCGUGCACUCUGCUCGCCACCCGCCUGCAGUGCCUUUCCCCGAGGCGCCAUCAGCAGCGAGGCGGUGUGCAAGCCACUGUGCGCGCGGCAGCCCUUCAGCCUGGCCCAGGAGGCCUGCCGCUCCUACAGCCACGUGGUGCUCAAGGAGGUGCGCUUCUUCAACCUGCAGGUGCUCUACCCGCUGCUCAGUGACCCCACGCUCAACCUGCGCAUCGUGCACCUGGUGCGUGACCCGCGGGCUGUUCUGCGCUCCCGGGAGCAGACAGCCAAGGCUCUGGCGCGUGACAACGGCAUCGUGCUGGGCACCAAUGGCACGUGGGUGGAGGCCGACCCCGGCCUGCGCGUGGUACGCGAGGUGUGCCGUAGCCACGUACGCAUCGCCGAGGCCGCCACACUCAAGCCGCCACCCUUCCUGCGCGGCCGCUACCGCCUAGUGCGCUUCGAGGACCUGGCGCGGGAGCCGCUGGCAGAAAUCCGUGCGCUCUACGCCUUCACCGGGCUGAGUCUCACACCACAGCUCGAGGCCUGGAUCCAUAACAUCACCCACGGAUCUGGACCUGGUGCACGCCGCGAAGCCUUCAAGACUUCGUCCAGGAAUGCGCUCAACGUCUCCCAGGCCUGGCGCCACGCGCUGCCCUUUGCCAAGAUCCGCCGCGUGCAGGAACUGUGCACUGGUGCCCUGCAGCUGCUGGGCUACCGGCCUGUAUACUCUGAGGACGAGCAGCGCAACCUCGCCCUUGAUCUGGUGCUGCCACGAGGCCUGAACGGCUUCACCUGGGCAUCGUCCACCUCCUCGCACCCCCGGCAUUAGUGGAGGCCACAGUUGUAGC